AGAGCUUCUCCUCCUCUGCUCAGCUGGGAGCGCAGCGAGAGGCGCUUUCACCCACCGGAGGAUGGAUGGAUGACCACGGAGACACGAUGUCCCGCUGUUUACAGGAUGACUGGAAGAUUUCUACCCCCCUCCCCGUCCCGGAAGUAGCGGCUGCGUUCCGUUCAGUCUCCAAGCCGACCAUUUCGAGGAAGAAAAACCAGCGCCAGCAGUCUCAUCAGCACCACAUAUCUGAUCCAAUAAUCACGCUGCGUGAUUUCACCGCGCGUCCCCUUUUUCCUCUCCAAUAUUAGAAGCUGCCUUUUGUCUCAUUUGCUUCUCUAUCUUCUCUUCUACGUGGAUCGCUGAGAAACCCUGAUGGACAUCGAGCUGAGACGGAAAACAUGGGGCUCCAGAAGAUGGGAACGCUGAGGGACGUGUUUUUCAAAUUUACGUGGAUCGUCGAAGGGAAUGGUUCCGAUUAUUUGUGGAUCGACCAGGAGCGUUUCAACAAGAAGAUGAAAUAGGGGGAAAGGACAGGAGGAAAAGAGGGAAGGGGGUGGGGGGACAUGAUCUGACACAGAGGGACAUUAGAAAAAUAAGACGGUAUCACAUUAGAGGAAAACUUGCAUUUCAUCGUUUAAUUUCCCCCCUUUUUUUUGGAUUAUGUUUCUUGACGGGAGUCCCAGAUGUGACUGUAUGGAUGGCAUGUCGUUGUUUUUUACACCCCGUCCUCGGUUCCCUGCCUCUAUCCUGCUCUCUCUUCCUCUAGUCCGCUCUCUCGCAGUCUUCUGCUUCGGGUAGCAAAACAUGUAGGCUCAUUUGUAUUUAUAUACCGGUAUAUAAAUAUUAGCUGCUGCAGACCCCGGCAGUUUUUCCGAAGGAAGAGAGGAAAAAAUAAGAAAUAAAAACAGAAGAAAGAGGAGCAGUGAGGAAAAUGGACACCAGUUUGUGAUGUUUACUGGGGUGCGGUGGGAGAUGCAUAUAGACAGUGUUUGCUGAGUUGUUUGAGUGAUGAAUGAGUGAAAGAGUGUGUCGGUCAGCUGAAAAGGAAAAUCUUUCAUCCGCAUUGGCUUAGACACACAUGCCAUCAGAGGGGCCAAAAGUGAUGAGAAACGAUUAAUAAUAAUAAUAAUAAUAAUAAUAAUAAUAAUUAUAAUAAUAAUAAUAAUAAUAAUAAUAAUAAUAAUAAUAAUAAUAAUAAUAAUAAUAAUAAUGUUCAAGUAUCGGAUCCGCAUGUUUUUCAAUGAACUGAAGGUCCUGGUGUUUAUGCGAUCCGAUUCACGACAGUCCGGCUCAGACACAGAUCGACGCUCCACCGCCAUGCGGGGUCUGGGGAUGGGCGGCUGCGGCUGGCCGCCUUUCGUCGACUGCCAUUCCCGGGACGACGAGGAGGAGUACUACGGCAGCGACCCGAGGCCCCGGAGCCUGGCUUUCGAGGAGAAGGAGCCCAAGCUCCAAGUGGGCCUGGACGCCGUGUCCCUGACCAGCACGGCCAGCAGCCUGCGGACCCCCCAGUGCAGGAUCUGUUUCCAGGGGCCUGAGCAGGGGGAGCUACUUAGUCCCUGCCGUUGUGACGGCUCCGUGCGCUGCACUCAUCAGCCUUGUCUCAUCCGAUGGAUAAGUGAAAGAGGCUCUUGGAGCUGUGAGCUCUGCUACUUCAAGUACCAGGUCCUGGCCAUCAGCACCAAGAACCCACUGCAGUGGCAGGCCAUCUCCCUGACAGUGAUUGAGAAGGUGCAGAUUGCAGCGAUAAUCCUGGGUUCCCUGUUCCUCAUCGCCAGCAUUUCCUGGCUCAUCUGGUCCUCGCUCAGCCCCUCUGCCAAGUGGCAACGUCAGGACCUACUCUUCCAGAUCUGCUAUGGCAUGUACGGCUUCAUGGAUAUCGUCUGCAUAGGCCUCAUCAUCCAUGAGGGAUCGUCUGUGUAUCGAAUAUUUAAACGAUGGCAGGCUGUCAAUCAGCAGUGGAAAGUACUGAACUAUGAAAAAUCGAAAGACUUGGGUGACCCGGUGAGCUCGAGCAGUAAGACCGGCGCCCGCGGCUCCCGCGGUAACCCUCAUGGCCUGGCCAGCGGCAGCGGUGGGCGUCAGAGCAGGAGGCUAAGAACUAUUCUGAACCACCACUGCGGGUACACCAUCCUGCACAUCCUGAGCCAACUCAGGCCCAACGACCCACGGAUCAGUGCCGCCGCUAACCGGGAGGUGGUGAUGAGGGUCACCACUGUAUGAGACAGACCUAAGUCAUGCAGAAAUGCAUGUUUGCUUGAUGUGAAGCAGUGGAAGGACAUAUGGACCUGAUAUGAAAAAAACAAAGGACUCGUCUAGGCAACAGGAGCCCCGCGUGGAGGCGAACGGUGCCUGGAGCAUCAAUAGACUGAAAACACAUGAGGAUUUCUCCUCUUGUUUCUUACGACAAAAGCAACCAGAUGCUCAUUUUCAAUAAUUAAAGAACUGUUGAAAAUGAGGACGAAAAACAAUUAAAAGACAUCAAUGAUGAAAUGUGUGACAGUGGGGGUGGUCAGGGGCAUUGUUAACAGGCUUUAUUACCUGAAACAAAACAACAAAAUGUUUUUUUUUUCCGACUCAGUAUCAGGAUGCACAGGAACAUUUACUUUUUUAUUUAAUCCUACUUGUUUGUUUUUAUCUUUUCUUUU